AUAUGUCAAUUUUAACCUUAGAAAUAAAUAUAUAGUUUUCUCGUACUGUUCACUUCAAAAUUCCAACAAAAUUAGUACAAACAUCUAUUUUGCUAUACAAAAGUAACAUCUUGAUAUGAACAACGUUCGUUUGUCAGCACAUGCAGAUAUGUCUGAAGUCCGUGUAGAGAAAAAUGGCCCCUCAAGUAUUCUAAUAUCCUUUCGUACAGUUGAUUAUUCAGUGGGUAUUCAAUUGGUCAAUUUGCUGCUAAAAUAUCCUCUGGUGUCAUAUGCUAUCUUUGAUUUUUCACGUGACAUCUACACCCUGAGCAAUGAGUGUAUUUUACGUUUUGAUACUUUUCCGCCAAUGACUACAGCAACUGUACUCAAGACUCUCUUGGCUGAUACUAUUGAUAAAUCUACUGAUGUUUGCAUUCUCAUACAGAAAAUUAUACACAAGAGUCCAUUUUAAAAAUGUUUAAAUGCAAAACUGCUGGCAACUCUUCGAACUGGGGCUCGAUUGCCAAUCUAACUUUAGACCUUGUCAUACGGAGAAAAAAUUAUUUUUUACUAUUAAAAUUUUUAUGUUACACAAUUUUAAUAUUAAGUUAUUAAGACAA